AUUCUCCUUAUCCUUUUCUCUCUCACAUACAUACACAUUACACACACACACUCUCUCUAUCUCUCUAUCUGUUUAUGAUUGACAAUGAGGUUUUCAUCAAGCUUGAGCAGACUCAUCAAUGAUCACUCUUCAUAUUCCAAGCUUCUAGUUCUCCUUUCCGUCAGUGGCAGUGGGAGCCUAUUGGCAUACGCACAGUCACAUAAAGAUGUUGCAAAUCCUGUCAUUGUUGGGCCAGAGCAAAGUGAUCCGACAACGAAGAAGAAGGAGAAGAUUGUGGUUCUUGGAACUGGAUGGGGAGGUAUUAGUUUCCUAAAGGAUAUCGAUACCUCCUCCUACGACAUUCAGGUGGUGUCACCUCGUAACUAUUUCGCAUUCACUCCUUUAUUGCCUAGUGUAACAUGUGGGACUGUUGAAGCUCGAAGUAUUGUUGAACCUAUCAGGAACAUUUUGAUGAAGAAAAGCGGAGAAUUUCACUUUUGGGAGGCAGAAUGUCUUAAGAUUGAUCCAGAGAAUAAAAGAAUCCAUUGUAGAUCUAAUAUAAACGAUAAUCUAGCUGGAAAUAACGAUUUCUCUUUGGAAUAUGAUUACCUUGUUGUUGCUGUUGGAGCUCAAGUAAACACCUUUAACACUCCUGGUGUUCUAGAACACUGCCAUUUUCUCAAGGAAGUAGAGGAUGCUCAAUCGAUCCGUAGAAGUGUAAUAGAUUGUUUCGAGAAGUCUGUCCUUCCAGAUCUAACCGAGGAAGAAAGAAGGACGAAUCUUCAUUUUGUAAUUGUGGGAGGCGGUCCAACUGGUAUUGAAUUUGCAGCUGAACUACAUGAUUUUUUUGAGGAAGAUCUGUUUAAGCUCUAUCCUUCAGUGAAAGAUUUAGUGAAGAUAACUAUUAUUCAAUCUGGUGACCAUAUUCUGAACACGUUUGAUGCAAGAAUAAGUUCAUUUGCUGAAGAGAAAUUCAAAAGAGAUGGUAUAGAAGUUUUAACAGGAUCGCGGGUUGUAAAUGUUUCUGAUAAACAUAUUGACAUGAAGCUGAAAGCAAACGGGCAGGAUUUCUCUGUUCCUCAUGGAAUGGUGGUUUGGUCUACUGGAAUAGGCAGCCGUCCUGUUAUUCAAGACUUAAUGAAAACAAAUGGCCAAGGCAGUAGACGAGUUCUAGCAACUGAUGAGUGGUUACGGGUAAAGGGCAGUGAACACGUAUAUGCUAUAGGCGAUUGUGCUACAGUGGAUCAACGAAAAAUCAAGGAAGACAUCUUGAAUAUAUUCGAGACUGCAGACAAAGAUAAAUCGGGUACCCUCACAAAGUAUGAAUUUCAAGAUGUUGUUGAAGAUAUCCUUAUAAGGUACCCGCAAAUUGAACUUUAUCUGAAGAACAAUCAUAUAUCCGAAGUUCAAGAUCUCUUGAAAGAUAGUGAUGGAAAGGAAAGGAAGGAAGUAACAAUUGAACAGUUUAAAACCGCCCUUUCUCAAGUUGAUUCUCAAACAAAGAGUUUUCCAGCAACUGCUCAGGUUGCUGCUCAACAAGGAACAUAUCUUUCUAGUUGCUUUAACCGCAAAACUCAUUGCGAACAGAAUCCAGAAGGGCCACGACACUUUAGCAGCACUGGUCGCCAUCAAUUUCGUCCUUUUUGCUACAAGCAUUUAGGACAAUUUGCUCCAUUGGGUGGAGAGCAGGCAGCAGCAGAACUUCCAGGAGAUUGGGUGUCUAUGGGACACAGCACUCAGUGGCUUUGGUACUCUAUAUAUGCAAGCAAACAAGUCAGCUGGAGGACGAGAGUUCUUGUUGUAUCUGAUUGGACGAGAAGGUUUAUUUUCGGAAGAGAUUCAAGCCGUAUUUGAGGUUGAAAUUUGAUCGAUUUGUAAUAUGCAUAUGGUUAUUUUAAGCCAAGAUUGGUCCCCCAAAACAUGACAUUAUUCAGGUUCAUAUGCAGUCAAGAUUGAACCAAUGUAUAUUUCAUUGUUAGCAAAACUAUAUGAUGUUUUCC